UAUUUUGAAAAUAGUCUCGUGACCCCCAGCAAUCUCUUUACCUCCCUCCAUCUCUCUCUCUCUCUCUCUCUCUCUCUCUCAUCAGUGCCGGCAACAAACGACUGGUACAGAUCUUCAUUUCUACGGCACCGAUUCUAUACCUAUCUUCAUCUCCACUUAUCGUUUCUCAAGCUUGCACAAGGGAUUUGUAGCAACAUAAAAGGGAUUGGUGUCGAUCUUUUGGAAAGGGGAGAAAUUUGAUGAUAAUAUAAAAGCAACUCAUCGGAAAUUACGAUCUUUUUAGAGGAAAAAUGGCUUCAGAUGUUCCAUCUAUAAUGUCUCAAAGUGUGAGAACAAACAGAUCUUCAUUCAGCUCAAGCAAUGGAUAUGAAACCCAAUCUCACUAUUCCGCCAUUACAAACGGAGAUGAUUAUGACAGCGAUGGUUCAAAUUUCGCACCACCGACGCCAAUGACCCUUUCCAAUUCCAUUCCAGCCGAGCUUGCUGGUGCAAUUCCUUUGAUUGAUAAAUUCCAAGUAGAGGGUUUUCUAAGGUCCAUGCAGAAACAGAUAAAUUCAGGUGGAAAACGUGGGUUUUUCUCAAAAAGAUCCGUAGGUCCCCAAGAUCGUGAGAAGUUUACAUUUGAAGACAUGUUGUGUUUUCAGAAGGAUCCUAUUCCAACAUCCCUCUUGAAAAUAAAUGGUGAUUUGGUUAGCCGAGCUGUAAAAUUAUUCCAAACCAUCUUGAAAUACACUGGAAUUGAUUCAUCUGAAAAAGGGAAUCAGAUUGGCAUAGAAGAAAGAAUUGAACUUGUUGGAAAGUUAUAUAAACAAGCAUUGAAACGCUCUGAGCUUCGAGAUGAACUUUUUGCACAAAUUUCAAAACAAACCAGAAAUUGUCCUGAUAGACAACAUUUGAUAAGGGCAUGGGAGCUAAUGUACUUAUGUGCAUCAUGCAUGCCACCUAGCAAAGACAUUGGUGGAUAUUUAUCUGAGUACAUUCAUGAUGUUGCACAUAAUUCCAAUACUGACCCUGAUGUGCAAGUCUAUGCAUUGAACACACUAAAUGCACUAAAGUGUUCAGUAAAGGCUGGCCCACGACACACUAUCCCUGGGCGUGAAGAAAUUGAAGCUCUUUUAAUCGGUAAAAAGCUCACCACAAUCGUGUUUUUCUUGGAUGAAACUUUUGAAGAAAUAGCAUAUGACAUGGCAACUACUGUUGCUAAUGCUGUUGAGGAGCUUGCUGGAAUAAUCAAAUUGUCUGCAUAUUCAAGUUUUAGUUUAUACGAGUGUCGCAAAGUUGUUACAGCUUCUAAAUCACCAGAACCCGGAAAUGAGGAGUAUAUUGGAUUAGAUGACAACAAGUACAUUGGAGAUCUUUUAGCAGAAUUUAAGUCAGCAAAAGAUCGAAGUAAAGGAGAAAUUUCACAAUGCAAAUUAACCUUUAAAAAAAAGUUAUUUCGCGAGUCAGAUGAAGCCAUUGCAGACCCAAUGUUUGUUCAGUUGUCAUACGUUCAAUUACAACAUGAUUAUAUCUUGGGUAACUAUCCAGUUGGAAAGGAUGAUGCUGCACAGCUGUCAGCAUUACAAAUCUUGGUUGAAAUAGGAUUUGUUAUUAAACCAGAGUCAUGCACUGAUUGGACUCUGCUUUUGGAGCGAUUUCUACCCAGACAAAUUGCAAUUACUCGUGCUAAAAGAGACUGGGAAUUGGAUAUACUUGGUCGUUAUCGUUCCAUGGAAAAUUUAACAAAAGAAGAUGCAAGACAACAAUUUUUGAGGAUUUUAAGGAUGCUUCCAUAUGGUUAUUCGGUUUUUUUUAGUGUUCGCAAGAUUGAUGACCCAAUUGGACUUUUACCUGGAAGAAUCAUAUUAGGGAUUAAUAAACGUGGGGUUCACUUUUUUCGUCCAGUUCCCAAGGAAUAUUUACACUCAGCUGAAUUAAGAGAUAUAAUGCAAUUUGGUAGCAGUAACACUGCUGUGUUUUUCAAGAUGAGAGUUGCUGGUGUCUUGCAUAUAUUUCAAUUUGAAACUAAACAGGGUGAAGAAAUAUGUGUUGCACUUCAAACACAUAUAAAUGAUGUUAUGCUACGUAGAUACUCUAAAGCACGAACUGCUUCUAAUACAAGCUCUGUUAAUGGUGAUAUUCCUACUAAUUCAAAGCCUCCAAUUGCUGAUGUUGGUGAAAAACGUGUACAAGAUUUGUCAAAGGCUCUUGAGGAAUGUGAAAAAACUGCAAAACAACUUUCAGAAGAGUUGAAUGAGAAGCAAAAGAAGGAAAUGAACAUGCAAGAAGAAAUGGAGACAUUGAAAGACAUGUUGAGAUCAGAAAAGAAGAGUUUGGAAGAACUAUCAUCUGAAUAUAAUGAGAUUAGAUCUUUGUGUGAAGAAAAAGAAUCUAACCUUCAGGCUGUAUUGAUUGAGAAGAGGAACAUGGAAGCUAGGCUUUCACAGCUUAGUAAAGGGGAGUUGGAAAAUAAUACCAAAAAGGAAUUAGUUGAGGCAACUAAUCAGGUUUUGCAAAGGAUCCAAGAUGAGUUAAGAACACGUAACUCAGAGUUGCAUGCAGCUGAAGAAACCAAGAAGAAAUUGUUGAAUGAGAAAAUGUUAUUGGAAGAAAGAAUUUCAAGACUUGAAAAGAAGAAAGUUGAUGAGAUACGGAUGCUUGAGAAAGAUUUAGAACAAGAGAGAAAGAUGACAAAGCCUCGAAUUUCUGAACUUGAGAAGAAAGUAGCAGAGCUCACACAAAAAUUGGCCAAUGCAGAGUCUACUCUUGCAAUCAAAGAUAAUGAAUUAUCAAAUUUGCAUAUAAAUCUUAAAGAAUUGGAAGAUUUAAGAGAAAUGAAAGAGGAUAUCGAUAGGAAAAAUGAGCAAACUGCUGCGAUAUUGAAGAUGCAAGCAACACAGUUGGCUGAAUAUCAAGCUCUCUAUAAAGAGGAAUUGGUUUUGAGAAAACGAUACUUUAACAUUAUUGAAGAUAUGAAAGGAAAGAUCAGAGUUUAUUGUCGAUUAAGGCCUUUGACACCAAAAGAGAUGAACGACAAAGAAAAAGACGUGCUUACAAGUGUUGAUGAGUUCACAGUUCAACAUUUAGGAAGAGAUGAAAAGAUUAAACAACACUGUUAUGAUCGUGUAUUUGAUGGAAACGCAACUCAAGAAGAUGUUUUUAACGACACUAGGUAUUUGGUGCAAUCGGCUGUUGAUGGUUACAACGUGUGUAUAUUUGCAUAUGGUCAAACGGGAAGUGGGAAGACUUUUACUAUUUAUGGAUCUGAAAAUAACCCUGGGCUUACCCCACUUGCCACGUCAGAGUUAUUUAAAAUUCUGAGAAAAGAUCGCAAUAAAUUCAAUUUCUCUUUGAAGGCAUACAUGUUGGAGUUAUACCAAGAUACCUUAGUCGAUCUUCUAAUUCCAAAACAAGCAAAACGUGCAAAAUUAGAGAUAAAAAAAGACUCCAAGGGAAUGGUGACAGUUGAAAAUGCGACAGUUAUACCGAUUUCAACUUAUGAAGAUUUGAAAAAUGUUAUUCAAAGAGGAACAGAUCAAAGACACACAACUGAGACACUAAUGAAUGAAGCAAGUUCAAGGUCUCAUUUGAUUUUAUCAAUCGUUAUUGAGAGUACAAAUUUACAAACUCAAUCAAUCGCUAGAGGAAAGUUAAGUUUUGUUGAUCUUGCGGGUUCUGAAAGGGUGAAAAAGUCGGGUUCUGCUGGAAAUCAAUUAAAAGAAGCACAAAGUAUAAAUAAAUCACUUUCAGCACUUGGUGAUGUUAUUAGUGCUUUAUCUUCUGGGAAUCAACAUAUACCUUAUAGGAAUCAUAAGCUCACUAUGUUAAUGAGUGAUUCUCUUGGUGGAAAUGCAAAGACUUUGAUGUUUGUUAAUAUUUCUCCAGCUGAGUCAAACUUGGAUGAAACCUAUAACUCUCUUACGUAUGCAUCGAGGGUGCGUUCGAUUGUGAAUGAUCCUAGUAAGAAUGUUUCAUCGAAAGAAGUUGCAAGAUUGAAGAAGCUAUUGGCUUAUUGGAAAGAACAAGCAGGGAAAAGAGGAGAUGAUGAAGAACUUGUGGAGAUUCAAGAGGAAAGGACACCAAAAGAGAAAGGUGAUAACAGGCAUUCAAUGUAAAAUUGAAGCAUCAUGAUCUUUUGGGAUUUGAAGAGAGUUUGUGUUCUUCACUAAUUUUACUAACAUGAAGAUGGGAAAAACAAAAACAAUGCAUGAAUUGUGUCACUAACCAUGUAGCCUUUUAGUCCAUAGUCUUUAUAUUCAUGGUUUGAAAGUGGUUGGUUUUGGUUAAUAUUUUGGUUGAUGGUGGGGUUGGGGGUAGGGAUGAUGGUGAUGCAUGGUUACAAAUGGUUUAUGUGUUUUGUAUAGUAUGGUAUACUUAAUGUGUAUAUUAUGGAUAUGAAAUCCAUAUCUAGUUCUUAUGAAUGCAACAAGUCGUAUUUCAUUCAAGUUUAA